AUGGGCAACUCCAGAGUGAUAGUGCAGGCAGUCAGGACUUCCUCUCAAGUGGAUGAUCUGUACUUGAAUGAGGCCGGAUCAGGAGGUUACUACCCUGAAGAUGACGAUGACUUCAACUCGGGCUCUGGCUCAGGUGUGGGUGAGGAGACUGUGGAGGAAAUGGUGACUGUCAGUAAGAUUUCUAUUGAGCCUACAGGAGCUCAGCCUUCCCAGGAUCCCACCAAAGACUCCACUCAGAGGAUGGAUGCAGCCACAGUGAGUGGACAAGCCGGGGACAACUUGCCCAUGAAGCCUUUUAGAACAGAGGCUCCAGUUUCAGUUACAGAGGACAUGCAGAGGAAUCAGAGGACCAUUACGACUCCUGGUUCUCCUCAGGAACCCGUUGAGGUCAGAACGGAAAAUUUGUUCCAGAGGACAGAGGUGUUGGCAGCUGUUGUUGCAGGUGGAGUGAUUGGCUUCCUGUUUGCCAUCUUCCUCAUCCUCCUGUUGAUCUACCGCCUGAAAAAGAAAGAUGAAGGCAGCUAUGACCUGGGACAGAGGAAACCCUCGGGAGCAGCCUAUCACAAAGCACCAACCAAGGAGUUCUAUGCAUGAAGUCUCACUGAACUCUAACCAGAUAAUCUGAUGGUGAGCGGCUGCUGAACUCGUUCA